AUGACCGGCGUAGGAUCAAGAUGGAACAGGCUACAUAGACUUCUAAGCCUCCGACUCGGCCCCGGAGCCGCGGUACUGCCUAACACCAUCACCAGAAUACAUCUCGAGUUCGCAACGUCAGCCGGCGCCGGCCACGUGGGACCAAGGAAAUUCUGGAAAGAAUGCGUCCGCCGCCUCAAAUUCCACAACCCCUCCAUCCCCAUGAUCGUAAACCGCACCCCCUCAGCCACCAGCCCCGCCAAAAUGACCCUCUACUUCAAGACCGACGCCCCCAAACCCCCCGACGCCCCCGCGGUCCGCAUCCAGCCGGGCUCCUCCGGCAUCGGCGAAUCCACGGCCCAGCCGCCCGCCUGGGACGAGCGCAUCGUGCAGAUCGACAUGAAGCACAAGCACAGCGACGAUAUCCUCGCGGCCUUCAUGCACGAGACCAAGGCCGAGCCCGUCAUGCCGACGGCCGAGGAUGAGGAGGCGUUGAGGGAGUUUGAGAAGUUGGAUGAGCUUGCUGCCAAGGAUCGCGCGAGGAUGAAGAAGAUUUUGGAUGAGGAGAGGAAGGCGAAGGCCAUGUUGCGGAGGGCGAAGGCUGGUGCUUUGGCGUGA